AUGGCUCUCACCGUGAGCAGCGGUGGCGGAGGAGCUAGAAUCCGCUGCAACGACCUCACCGAUUCUUCUCGUAACCCUUUCUCCACCUUCCGACUCGUAAACUUCCCUAAUCCAUCAAGAACCGAACAGCAGGAAGAGGGAAACGAAGGUUUUGACGGCGAGAACCCGCCGUCUCAGAUCGUUAUCAACGACGAAGAUGGAGAUAGAACGGUGGUGAAUACUCGAUUCAGAGGUGAUCCGAAAGAUGCGCCGAAAUUUGCCAUUAAGGAUCUUCCUGGACUUGAACCAGAUCCUUUUGAAGGUGAGAAGUGGGAUGGUCUAGGUUUCUUCGUUCAGUACUUGUGGGCUUUCGGAAUCCUUUUCGCGCUAAUCUCUGGUGGACUUGCGGCGGGGACGUAUAACGAAGGUGCGACGGAUUUCAAGGAGACGCCAGUAUAUAAAGAGGCGAUUCAAUCUCGUGACCUUCUUGAUGAAGCAGAGAGUUCAAACUCUGAAGAUGUGUUUGAGUCCAACCCAACAGAAGUGGCUCCUACCAUAUUCCAAGUUGAUCUUGAGCUUGUUGUGUUCAUAAUGUUAUAG